GCAUAACUCAACAAAUUGGACCCAAACUUAUGAUUUUGGCCAAAAUCGAUCCUCAAGUUGUGUCAAAACUUUUCUUUAAAUAUAAUACCGAAAAACUGGUGGAGAUUUUCAAGAACCGAUACAGUGCUGAUUGUAUGGACUGCGCUUAUUUUACAUAUACACCCGGAUUAUUAGAUAGGCACCUCAUCAUUGAACGAUAUUCAACCUCAUUGCUACCGACACAAUCCGUAAAGGAGUCAUACGUCGAGCACUUAGAAGAGUGUGAAUACUUAUCGUCGCCUAUCAUGAAGAUAAUGGACACACAAAAUAAUAUAACAAAACAGGAUUCAUGUGAUAAUAUCGAUAUAAUUGACAGAUAUAAGGGUCGUAUCGAUACGUUUGAAGUCUUUACAUCUGAUAAUGUCUCACAUGUUAUAUCCGUUCAAAUACUCUACGAUAAGACGAUUCGUAGAAAUGGCAGUACUGAAGAAAUAAUAAUUGGUGUCGUGACGAGUGCACCGGCAGAUCUGAUAGGGGCCGCCUAUUUACGUAUCGCUGAUAUACCUAAUUUCAAUGAGUUUGCCUGUACUACAGACCCGGGUGUUACUAAACUGAUCGGAACCACAGAAAGGAUAUUCUCGAAUCUUAAUGUGGAAAAUCUGUUAUCAGUUUUGGAUUUGGAGUCAAUUAUAGUGAAAAUCAGAAGCAAUCGUAUUGUCGACUGUUUGGGUUAUGUUAACAUUCAGUACAGUCCGGGCCUAAUGUCCACUCAAUCACCCAUUCAAUCAUAUAAGACGCUUAACAAUGAGAAAAAUCUUAACAAAUCAACUCAUCCUGGGAAUCAGACAAAAGAGAUAUGA